AAAUUAUUUCUCUUGCGGUGUUUUGCCAACACGUUGCCAGUUUCUGGAGAAUUUUGGGAACUAAUUUUAGUCAAUUAGUUUUGAAAUUUAGUGCAAAAUCAAGUGAAUUGAAUUAAAAGUGCAUCAUCCGAUUUAAGCACGUUUGAUUUAAUUAAAAAUGGCGAACAUCGAACGUAAAGGAACCUUCAAGGUUAAAUACCUGCAAAAAAUCGAAAAGGAAGUUCAAGAGAAAUGGGAGGCUGAGAAAAUUUAUGAGGUUGAUGCUCCUAAGGAGCCGCGAAAGAGUAUGGAAGAGAAAUUUCUUGUGACCUUUCCAUUUCCGUACAUGAAUGGGCGCCUACAUCUUGGACACACCUUUUCCCUUUCAAAAGCUGAAUAUGCCAUCCGCUAUCAGCGUCUCAAAGGCAAAAAGGUACUUUGGCCAUUUGCAUUCCAUUGCACCGGAAUGCCCAUCAAAGCCUGUGCUGAUAAACUUAAAAGAGAAAUUCAAGACUUUGGCUAUCCACCUAAAUUUCCUGCCAAUGAAGAACAGAAACCCGUGGAAAUAGUCGAAGUAUCAGCUCCCAAAGAUAAGUCCAAGGGCAAGAAAAGCAAAGCCAUGGCUAAAACAGGAACUGCUAAAUAUCAAUGGCAGAUUAUGCAAAGUCUAGGCUUGCAAGAUGAAGACAUAAAGAAGUUUGCAGAUGAAAAGUAUUGGUUGGAAUAUUUCCCACCUCUUGCAGUUCAGGAUUUGAAGAGAAUUGGAGUUCAUGUUGAUUGGAGAAGAAAGUUCAUCACAACAGAUGCCAAUCCCUUUUUCGAUUCCUUUGUACGUUGGCAAUUCAAUCAUCUGAAGAACAGGGGCAAAAUUAUGUACGGCAAGAGAUAUACCAUCUUUUCGCCUAAGGAUGGCCAACCUUGCAUGGAUCACGAUCGAUCAUCUGGGGAGGGAGUCGGUCCACAAGAAUACACACUCAUCAAGAUGAAAGUUUUAGAGAACCCCGAAGUUCUAAAAUCGAUAAAAUCCCCAAUCUACUUCGUCUGUGCUACACUUCGUCCAGAAACAAUGUAUGGUCAGACCAAUUGUUGGCUACAUCCCGAUAUUAAGUACAUUGCCUUUAAGACAACUCGAUCUGAUGAAGUUUUCAUUAGUACUCGUCGUUCUGCUCGCAACAUGUCGUACCAAGGUCUGACCCCCGUCGAAGGGAAAGUAGAGGUUCUUGCUGAGCUGACGGGUCAACAAUUGUUAGGAAUCAAAUUAUCGGCUCCAUUGACUCCAAAUAAGGUCAUUUACACACUGCCAAUGUUGUCAAUUCGCGAAGAUAAAGGCACAGGAGUGGUAACAUCAGUCCCGUCAGACUCUCCCGACGAUUAUGCUGCACUUGUGGAUCUCCAGAAGAAAGAGGCAUUCCGACAGAAAUACGGAAUCACCGACGAAAUGGUUCUUCCUUUCGCUCCUAUUCCAAUUAUUGAAGUUCCUACCCUGGGAAAGCUGAGUGCCGUGCAUUUGUAUGAUACUCUGAAGAUUCAAAGCCAGAACGAUAAAGACAAACUCACAGAAGCCAAGGAAAUUGUCUACCUAAAGGCAUUCUACGAUGGUGUGUUGUUGGUUGGGGAAUUCGCUGGUCGAAAGGUUCAAGAUGUGAAGAAGGAUCUCCAAAAAUUGCUUGUCGAUGCAAAGGAUGCUGAGAUCUACUACGAACCGGAGAAGACCAUCAUGUCGCGUUCAGGUGAUGAGUGUGUCGUUGCUCUUUGUAACCAAUGGUAUCUUAACUACGGUGAACCAGAAUGGCAGGCAAAGGCUUUCAAGAACCUCAAGGCAAUGGAAACGUACCACGACGAGGCUAGAAAUAACUUCGAAGCUUGCCUUAAUUGGCUGCAUGAGUAUGCGUGCUCCAGAACUUAUGGUCUGGGAACUAAAUUGCCAUGGGAUGAACAAUGGCUAAUCGAAUCACUGUCAGACUCAACCAUCUACAUGGCCUACUACACCAUAGCUCAUUUGCUGCAAGGUGGGUCGUUCAAGGGUGACACUCCCAGCCCCCUAGGAAUCAAUCCGAAAGAUAUGACCCCUGAAGUUUGGGAUUAUAUAUUCUUCAAAGAAACGCCCAUCCCUAAGGCCACCAGCAUCAAGAAGCAAAAUCUUGAACUUCUUCGUCGAGAAUUUGAGUACUGGUAUCCCAUGGAUCUUCGGGUUUCUGGAAAAGAUCUCAUUCAGAACCAUUUGUCAUUUAUGUUGUACAAUCACUGCGCCAUCUGGCCAAAUGAUGAAGAUAAAUGGCCGAAAGGAGUUCGUGUCAAUGGACAUCUUCUGUUGAAUUCUUCGAAAAUGUCCAAAUCCGAUGGUAACUUCCUCACCCUCUAUGAGGCUGUUGAUAAGUUCUCAGCCGAUGGUAUGCGUCUUUGCCUCGCUGAUGCUGGUGACAGUGUUGAAGAUGCCAACUUCGUGGUGAGCACUGCUGAUGCGGGUAUUCUACGUUUGUACACCUUCAUUGAAUGGGUCAAAGAAAUGGUGGCGUCCAGACCAAUGCUCCGAAAGGGAACUCCAUCGACAUUCAACGAUAAGGUCUUCAUAAGUGAAAUGAGUCUGAAGACAAAGCAAACAGACGAGUACUACCGGAAGAUGCUGUUCAAGGAGGCGCUGCGAUCAGGUUUCUAUGAGUUCCAGUUGGCCCGUGACAAGUAUCGUGAAUUGUGCGGCAACAUGGGAAUGCACGAGGACCUUGUCUUUGAGUUCAUUCGUCGACAGGCACUCCUGAUGGCUCCCAUCUGUCCUCAUGUCAUGGAACAUGUGUGGUCUCUGUUGGGCAACAAGACAAGUAUUUUACAUGCUCAUUGGCCAAGUGUGGGAGAAAUCAAUGAAAUUGAAAUUCAAUGCUCUGAGUAUCUUAUGGAAGCCGCUCACUCAUUCCGUUUGAGCUUGAAGAACUUGCUGCAAGUCAAGGGCAAAGGUGGCAAGGAGAAGGCUGUUGAUCCGGCUAGCCUUAAACCUGACCGAGGUAUAAUUUGGGUUGCAAAGACAUAUCCGCCAUGGCAAUGUUGUGUGCUAGACACACUGAAAGAGCUCUAUAUCGUCAAGAAUGUUCUGCCCGAGAACAAAGUCAUUUCAGCGACUCUGCAGGGCAAGGAGCAAUUGAAGAAGUUCAUGAAACGAGUGAUGCCUUUUGCACAGAUGAUUCGUGAGAAAGUGGAAUCGGGCAAGGGAAUCUCCGCAAUGGCUACCGUUUUAGAAUUCGAUGAGUGCCAAGUGCUGCUUAAUAAUUUGGAAUACUUAAAGAAUACUCUUGAUUUGGAAUCACUUGAAGUGAGGUAUACAGAUGAUCCCUCCGCACCAGAAAAGACUCGCGAGGAAGUCCGUCCAGGAUCGCCAUUUAUUGCAUUUACAAUUGCCCCCAAUGUUCCAGUCAUCCUAAGAAAUCCCAUCGAACGAUCGGGGCUGUUUACUGUAAAUACUGUUGUAUCUGAGGGCGACAGUGUUAAAUCGUUCCACGAGAAAGUUGGCAAAAUCAUUGGACUUAAAGCAGAACUAAAUGCCUUGAAAAUCUGGCGCUAUGAAGAUCCAGUAUUGGGACCAAGAAAAAUUCCCGCUUUUGAUGAUUAUAAGACGGGAAAAAUACAACUUACUGAAGGUGUUUUUGUUUUGGAUGUCGAGAAGAAGGUUGUUAAUUUAAAAAUCAAUGGAAAACUCCAGAGUAUUGGAACAGAAUUUACUUAUGUUGUGGAUUAAAGUCGAGAUACAUUUUUUUUUAUUUAAUUGCUUUUCUCUUUUAUUAUUUUUUGGUUUUCAUUGACUGUUAAUUAAAUAUUUUCUUAAACGUACAUAA